UGACGUCACCUCACUGGUAGUCGGACAGCUGAAAGGCAGACUGAAUUUUUGACGUUUUGUUUUGAUCGCGUUUGUUUGGAUUUCUGGACGAUUCGACGACAUUAUCCUCUAAUUUCGGAGCUCUGACGUCACGCCUCAGUGCGGGGAUCCAGCAAAGAUGAAAUGGAUGUUUAAGGAGGACCAUUCUCUCGAGCACCGAUGUGUGGAGUCAGCCAAAAUACGCAGCAAAUACCCCGACAGAGUACCGGUGAUCGUGGAGAAGGUCUCCGGCUCCCAGAUCGUGGACAUCGAUAAGAGGAAGUACCUGGUGCCCUCUGACAUCACGGUGGCUCAGUUCAUGUGGAUCAUCAGAAAACGGAUCCAGCUGCCUUCAGAGAAAGCCAUCUUCCUCUUCGUCGACAAAACUGUCCCCCAGUCCAGUCUGACGAUGGGCCAGCUGUACGAUAAGGAGAAGGACGAGGACGGUUUUCUCUACGUGGCCUACAGCGGAGAAAACACCUUCGGAUUCAGGGCCCAGGGUUAAAACAUCGCUGAGUCUUCCCCUCACACGCAGCAGAUCCGUUUGGGCCCGACAGAAACGGGUGCACAGCUCGUUGAACACCGGCCUUUACAUCGUCCUAGUGCUUCGUUUCAGUUUUUGAUACUGAAAAACCUGUUUUAUUGUUAUAAAUUAACAUUUUUUCUCUCGUCAGGCUCAGAUGCUUAUAUUGAGCUUAACGGUAGUUAUUUUGUCAUCGUUGCUGAUCCGAUAUGGAGAGAAAAAUCUUGAAACACUGCCGUAAAAUCUGAUUAUCACGACACGGUACAGGCACAUCAGGCAUGAAUUUCUCCAUUUUUAGACGAAAACAGGACAAAUACGCACCAGUUAAGACUGCACCCAUCUUCAGUUUUCUUUAUGGCGUUUAUGUUUAUGUUCAGCCAAAGCGAGGAAAAGUCUUUUGUGUUACAGAACGUCAAGUCUUUAGUCACAUGAAGUGUUAUCAUGUGGAAAAAGGAUAACUGAAGCUUUCUAAACGCUGGAGACGGCAGCUCAGGGUUAAGAACCGGACUGGGAAUCACUUUAUGCGCUUUUGUGUUUUUGCAUAUUCCAUGUUAGCCAGAUUCAGACUUGCAGAAAAAACACGAGCAUUAAUUAUUAUUUUUUACUUGAAUUGUAUGAACUGUGAUAUUUAUGUGCUGCGAUCACAACGGCACAAAUGGCAUUCCCUAAAUUUACGAGCCAAUGGUGACUUUUUAUGAUACGAGAACGUCAUUGGCUCCUAAUAAGUCCUUCAUAGCGUGCAAUCAUUAAAUAUUUAAUUCAGUCAUUAAGGCUUUAGAAGUUGUAUUUCUGCUUCAGAUUAUGCAAAGAGUAGAAAAGGUAUUCACUUUUUUUGUUGCACUAUUCUCAGUAUUCAUAUUAGUACUCGGUGUGUUCAUUUAUUCAUUUG